AGCCCCCCUCUAUAUAUUUGGACUCCAAUAAAAGAAAAAAACUCGUGUUCACUUCGUACCAGCUACUCUCACUUUCUCAGAUUUUUAUCCUCUCUCGAGAAAGUGUUUCAGAUUUUUAGCAGAGAUGACGAAGAACUACCCAAAUGUGAGCGAGGACUACAAGAAGGCUAUUGAGAAGUGCAGGAGGAAGCUCAGAGGCUUGAUCGCUGAGAAGCAUUGUGCACCUAUCAUGGUCCGCCUCGCAUGGCACUCUGCUGGAACAUUUGACUCUGCCACAAAGACUGGUGGUCCCUUUGGAACAAUGAGGUUCACCGAUGAGCAAGCUCAUGAGGCCAACAGUGGUAUCCAGAUUGCUCUUGGGUUGUUGGAGCCCAUCAGGGUGCAGUUCCCUACCAUCUCUUUUGCUGAUUUCCAUCAGCUUGCUGGUGUUGUUGCUGUUGAAGUCACUGGUGGACCUGAAAUCCAGUUCCACCCUGGAAGAGAGGACAAGCCUCAGCCACCUCCAGAGGGUCGUCUUCCUGAUGCUACAAAGGGUUGUAACCACUUGAGAGAAGUCUUUGCAAAGCAGAUGGGUUUGACUGACAAUGACAUUGUCGCUUUAUCUGGUGCCCACACUCUGGGGAGAUGCCACAAGGAUAGGUCUGGCUUUGAAGGUCCUUGGACUUCAAACCCUCUUAUUUUCGACAACUCUUAUUUCAAGGAGCUCUUGAGCGGUGAGAAGGAAGGUCUUAUUCAGCUCGUCUCUGACAAGUCACUAUUGGACGAUCCCACAUUCCGUUCUUUGGUUGAGAAAUACGCUGCUGAUGAAGAAGCCUUUUUCAAUGAUUACGCUGAGGCCCACUUGAAGCUUUCUGAGCUCGGGUUUGCUGAUGCUUGAGAUGCGACAUGUGUGGAUAUGGUGUCUCCAAGACUCGGAGGAUUCGCAUUGCAUUUGAACGUUUGUCAUUUGAUUGUUUUAUGUACUCUCGGAUUUGCGUAGCCUUUUCUUUUGUUGGGGGUCUUGUGAUUUGGACGUUGGUACGUUUUGAUUUUGCUGGUUAGACAUUCUAAUAAAUCAAUUUCUCAGCGA